AUGGAGGAGAAGGAAUUAAGCGAAUUGUUGGCUAAUGUCAGGAUAGACCCCAGCCUAACAUCGAGGACUAGCCAAAUGGACAGCCUCAAGCUAUCAGAACUGAUGGUGUUAAAGGCAGAUAUCGAGGCACAACUGGAGAAGUAUUUCAGUGCACUCAAGGAACAGGGCGUCGGGAUGGAUUCUUCAUUAGUAACGCCAGAUGGGUAUCCUCGUUCGGAUGUCGACGUGUUGCAGAUCACCGUGAUCAGGAAGAAUGUCAACAUGCUGAAGAAUGACUUAAAUCAUCUUUUGCAAAUAUCACAUGUGCUGCUGAAUCAGCACUUUGAAAAUAUGAACGUUAAAACAAACCAAAAAACAAGCGGAAAUAACGAUGACAGAACCAUUCAGUAUACUAUUCCCUUUGCUUUUAUCAGUGAGGUAGUGCCCGGUAGCCCUUCAGAUAAAGCAGAAUUACAGGUCGAUGAUAGGCUGAUAUCUAUAGGUGGCGUACAUGCAGCAAAUCAUUCUAAACUACAAAACAUACAAAAGAUUGUCAUAAUGAAUGAAGACAAGCCUCUUCCUGUUCGUUUCUUGAGGGAUGGACAAAUCCUAACAACAUCUUUGGCGCCCUCAAGAAACUGGGACGGUAGAGGUCUUCUCGGCUGUAGGAUACAAGAGUUGUAA